GCGCAUGUGCAGAGUGUGAUGCAGCGCGCGCUAAAUAAUUAUCACAGCAUUCUUUUCUUACGAUGCGCAGUUAAAUGUCCAAAAAGUUGCACUGCUCGAAGUAAAAUUCUAAAACUGAAAUAUACUCUUUGCAGAAAAAUGGAAAAUCCUCCAGUUAGGAAGACAAGACGGGCGUUAACUCUAGCAAAGCCAGCUCCUAGGAAGAAUUGUUUGGAUAAUGUCCCUUGUAUGACCAUGACAGAGGGACCUAGCAAUGUGAUCACAGAUGCUUCUUCACAUGAAAAACAGGACAAAGAAAACCUGACAUUUAAGAAGAGAGCAUGUAGAGGUCUAAAGUUAGAGAAGCCCGCUCCUUUGAAAUCGUCAAAAAUCAACAAUUCCGAACUCCAAGCCAAAGUUGAAACUGCACCACUGAAACAGAAUGAAGAUGUUACAAAGAAGAAAGAGACACUGUUUAAGAGAGAAGAUGAAGUGUCAAAGAUAGUUAAUCCAGCUGAGAUUAAGGCAAACAUGCUAAUAAAAGAAGCCCUGUCAGAUUUGGAGGUCACACAGAUUGACACUACCCCUCCCAAAUCCAUGCAAAGACAGACACGUUUACUGUCACAAGUGAGUGAUGAUUCAGGCCUAGGGGAUAUGUCAGCUUACUCCAGACAGGGAAGUUUGUUGGAGAGCUUGGCAGAAAAUCAGGAUGAUUUGGAUUGGGAUAACCUAGAAAAUACAUCAACAUUUACUUUUGGUCAGCAGCAGAUGACCUGUCUAUCUACCACAGUAAAUCAGAUGGUUCCGUUCAACAGUUUGACAUUAGAUGACAUCCAAGGACAAGACCGACUUGGAAACAGUGCUAGGCAACGGAAACAUUCUCAUCAGGACACUAGAAAUCAUGUUAAAAAACCACAGUUUCAUAGAUCGUACAGUGUUCCGUCAAACCUUUCUAUAAGUAAGGGAACAGAAUGUUGGGAAGACGACGUUGAACUACCCAAAAACAAUGUUGUAAAAGAAGAAAUAGUGAAAAGGAAUAGUGAAGUUGACAUUGAAAAUGUAGAUGAAUUUGGAAGUUGUAGUGACUUGGUGAAUAGAGAUCAUAUAAAAAGGGAGGUGGUUGUUAAACAUGAUAAUUGGACCAAAGCAAAUCAUUUUACUAUAAAAGAUUUUACUGUGGUAGUAACAAAAGAAAUCCAACAUUCGAACCGAAAUGUGUUUCACAAACCUUCCAAACAAGUCUCUGACGAAUGGGAGUCUGAAAUUAUUGAAGUAGAGCAAAAUACAAAUGAAAUGUCUGAAAGAGAAAAUGAAAGGCCUGUUACCCCUUCUAAUGCUAAAACAUGCAGUGGUGCCGGUACUUAUAGUGCAAUAUAUAAUGACGGUUCGGAUCUAGAUGCUACUCCAAAAGCCGGUUUUGCUCUUUCAAAGUAUAAAGAUUUCAAUUUAUCUGUUGAACGCUUUGAGAAAAGCGGAAGUGACUUGGCCGAACUGUACUGGGAGAGACGUAGUGGAAGUGCGACAGAUGGAGACUUGAAAAAAGAAACUGAUGAUAGUACUGUGAUAUCAAAUAACUGUGAUAUGUCUGGUGUAGAGGUGAAAUCUUUGCCGUCCUACCAGAAUUACAGAGAGAAAACUGACAACUAUUUAAGCUGUUCUUCAAGAACCUCAACAGAAACUGACGAUGUUAUAAGUUCAUGUCAUUCUGAUGAUGGUUUUAAUGAGCAAAUGUAUGCUUGGGAACUUAUUGAAGACCUAUCAAGCAAAGUGAACUCGUUAAAGUUAGAGAAUGGGAGUCCAGAAGAGAAAAAGAGAGUGGUACAGAAUGGUACAGCUAAGGUAGAAAUAUUACCAGAUGAUAUCAAUGACAUCGAAGCGGAGUUAGAGUUUAUGAGGGAAGAUAUAAGGCUCUUGGAGAGACUAAAAUCUGAUGAAGUUCGAUCUAGUAAUUCAGUGUUGAAAUCAGGGAAGGUAAGCCAAUGGAAGAAUGCUGUGGUACAGGUUAUCAGAGAGCCACUUACACCUUAUUCCACACAGACAGACAUUUGGAGAGUUGAAGAGGGAAUGCCAACUGGAUUUGGCUCUGCUCUGAGUCGCCGUAAAAUGUUUAGAUAUUUUAAACAGAGUCUAAUGGAAGAGAAAGUAAACGAUGUAAAGCUAAUCCAGUAUACUGCAAAAGAAUUGCUGGAGAUUGGAGCAAGUGAUUUAUCCAAGAGAAAACUGGAAUCCUGGUCCAUGUCUGAACAUCUUUAUCCAGAUAUUUGUUUAAAAAAGGGAUUCAACUUUGAUACAUUGAGAUAUAAAGAGGAAAGAGAGUAUGUUUGUGAAGUCCACAAUGCUGAAAACAUUGAACGAAGACAAAGUUCAAAAGGCAACAAUUCAGGCUUGCCAAAUGUCAGGAGACCACCUCCAACUUCAGGAGUAAACAGAGGUGGUUUUGGUGUUCCACAAAGUGGAAUUGGUUUUCCACAAAGUGGAUUUGGUGCAUCACAGAGUGGAUUUGGUGUUCCUAAAAGUGGACAUAGUGCUCCCCAAAGUGGGUUUGGGGCUCCUCAAGGUGGACUUCGUGCUUUUCAAAGUGUACAUAGUGCUCCUCCUCAAAGUGGAUUUGGUGCUCCUCAAAGUGGAUUUGGUGCUCCUAAGGGUGGAUUUGAUGCUCCUCAAAGUGGAUUUGAUGCUCCUCAAAGUGGAUUUGGUGCUCCUCAAAGUGGAUUUGGUGCUCCUAAGGGUGGAUUUGAUGCUCCUCAAAGUGGAUUUGGCUCUUCCCAAGGUUGUUUUAGUGCUCCUAACAGUGUUUUUUCUGCUCCUAAAAGUGGAUUUGGUGUUCCUCCAACUCGCAAUCAGUCUUCAACAAAAGAUUUACAGCAGCAGAGGUCAACAACUCCUAAUGAUGACUUUGACAAUGUCACAACAACAAAUGCAAAUGCUGAUAGGCAUGGUAUAAAGCCUCCAAAACCAAAUUAUGGGAGAAGCUUUAGUAUGGUAGAUAGAAUUGACACCAAGAAUGAUGACCUUGUAUUGAAGAGAGAUUUACCAGAGGUCUGUCCAUGGUAAAUGUACGAAGUGGUAUAAGUUUGUAUGUAACCAUGCUGUAUUGUGGUAUUAAAUUUUCUGGAGUUUGUACUUCAUGCGUGUGUUUGCGUAAUGGAAUCAAACACCUUGAGGUCGUUGGCCUGAGAUGUUUGUUACAAGUAUGUGACCAACUUAUUAUUACAUAUGCCACAAAUAUGUAAAUGCCACGGUUCCAGGCUUCCAUGCAUAAUUUUCACACUCUUAUAACUGAGCUCUGCUUAUUUUAACUUACAUACUGCUGGACUUGUACUUGGUGAAGUUAUGUGAGGUUGUUUCAUUAUUUGCAAAAUGUGCUAGAUAUAUUGGAUUUCUUUUUAGCUCACCUGUCACAAAGUGACAGGGUGAGCUUUUGUGAUUACUUUUCGUCCGGCGUCCGUCCGGCCGUAAACUUUUACUUUAAAUGACAUCUCUUCAUAAACAACUAAGCCAAUUUCAUCCAAACUUCACAGGAAUGUUCCUUUGGUGGUCACCUUUAAAAAUUGUUCAAAGAAUUUAAUUCCAUGCAGAACUCUGGUUGCCAUGGCAAAACAAAGAAAAACCUUUAAAUAUCUUCUUUUAAAAAACCCUAAGAGCUAGAGCUUAGAUAUUUGGCAUGAAACAUCUUCUAGUGAGUGUCUACCAAGUUUGUUCAAAUAAAAGCCCUGGGGUCAAAAUUGGCCCCGCCCCAGGGGGUCAUUGAUUUUCCCUAUAUGCAUAUAGUAAAAACUUAAAAAAUCUUCUUUUAAAGAACCCAAAGAGCUAGAGCUAAGAUAUUUAGCAUGAAACCUGUUCUAAUGGGUGUCUACCAAGUUUGUUCAAAUAAAAGCCCUGGGGUCAAAAUUGGUCCCGCCCCGGGGGUCAUUGAUUUUCCCUAUAUGCAUAUAGUAAAAACUUUGAAAAUCUUCUUUUAAAGAACCCAAAGAGCUAGAGCUAAGAUAUUUAGCAUGAAACCUAUUCUAAUGGGUGUCUACCAAGUUUGUUCAAAUUAAAGCCCUGGGGUCAAAAUUGGCCCCGCCCCGGGGGUCAUCAGGGGGGGGCGGAGGCCUAUAUACAGGUGAGCGACCUCAGAUGAUGGCCCUCUUGUUUCAUUUUACUGAAGCAAAUACCAUGUUGUCUGUUGACAUACAUAUCAAAGGAUCAUACAAAAAAAUAAUUAUGUUUUUUUUGUUUUUGUUUUUUGUUUGUUUGUUUUUUUAAAAAGUGUAAAAAAUAAGCAUAUAAAUUAUAAGCAUUAGGUAAAGUAUAAGACAUAACCACUUACACCAUGCAGUUGUUAUAAAUAAAAAGUAAGUAUGAAUAGUAGAAUAUGAGUUUUUACUAGUGGAGAGUUUUAGAAGCACAGAUGAGGAAAGAUACAAAGACAACAUUAUGAAACUAUUAAAAUUUAAAGGUGACAUUUUAGAAUUGAGAGAGAAUGAGAUAACAUUGUAAAAUUAUUAAAAUUGAGAAAGGGAUAACAUUUUAAAAUUAAGUGAAAGAGAUAACAUUGUGAAACUAUUAAAGUUGAGAAAGAGAUAACAUUUAAAUUAAGAGAAAGAGGUAACAUUGCAAAACUAUUAAAAUUGAGAGAGAAAGAGAUAGCAUUGAUUGUAAAUUUAUUAAAAUUAAGAGAAAGAGAUAACAUUGUGAAACUUUUAAAAUUGAGAGAGAAAGAGAUAGCAGUGUGAAACUUUUAAAAUUGAGAGAUAAAGAGAUAACAUUGUGAAACUUUUAAAAUUAAGAGAGAAAGAGAUAACAUUUGGAAACUUUUAAAAUUGAGUGAGAAAGAGAUAGCAUUGUAAAAUUAUUGAAAUUAGGAGAAAGAGAUAACAUUGUGAAACUUAAUGAGAUAACAUUGUUAAACAAUUAGAAUAGAGAGAAAGAAAUAAGCAUUAUGAUACUGAUAAAACUGUGAGAAAAAGAUAACAUAGUAGAAGUUCUAAAAUGGUGAACAUUUUAAAACAAUUUGAUUAGAAAGAUAAGAUUGUUAAAAAAUGAAAAAGUCAACAUAAAACUAUGUAUAUAUAAAAAAUAGCAGUAUUUUGUCAUCUUCAUUUUCAGACUGUGAAAUGUGCUAUAUUUUCUUUUAUUUUAUCUUUUUUUAAUUAAAAUUGAUGUUUUUCCUGUGUCAAUUUAAGGCAUGAAAUUGUACAGUAUUUCAUAGAGAUUAAGUUGUAAUUUUUUGCCACUCAGGCUCUAUAUGUUUGAAGCUAUGCAUUUUGAUCAGUAAGCUUCAUUGUUUGUAUUGUGUUUUAUGAUAAGACGUCAUACAGUAUUUAGCUUGUCUGUUUUGUAGAAAAAGUCAGGCUAUAAUGAUCGCUGCAUUGUCGCUAUUGUUGUCAUCGUUCAAAAACCAUUAAUGUAGCCCAUUAAUGAUUAUUCAAAUAUUUCAAAAGUUAUCGACAUGGAACUUGAAAUACUUGCUUAUCAUGACAAGAUGCAGUUGUUAGACAAAGGGAAUAAUUUGGAAAGCAACACAUUUGGAGUUAUGGUCCUUUUUAACUAAGAAUUUUUAUUAGGCGAGCGUGAAUACCGCAUGUGGUGCUCUUGUUGUAGGAAGGUUAUGGGAGACAAUAUAGUCUAUACAUAGCUUAAUUAUUUUCCCCUCAAGUUUACAUUUUAUAUUUUAUGUUUGUUAAUAUUUUAGACACAAAAGCACGGAAGGUCCAGUGGACAGUUAUUACUGACAUGUUAAAGGUCUACUGUGCUUUUGUUUGUUGCCAAAUUUGCUAUGUUAUUAUUAUAAUAGCAAAUAAAAACCCAAAACCUUUUGAGAUUACUGUAGAUUACAUAUGAGCCUUGUCAUGACGAAACCAACGUAAUGCUUUAGCGACCAUCAUGGAUCCAGACAAGCCUGCGCAUCCGCACAGUCUGAUCAGGAUCCAUGCUGUUCGCUAUCAGUUUCUCUACUUGUUAUAGGGUAUGUAAGCGAACAGCAUGGAUCUUGAUUAGACUGCGGGAUGUGCAGGCUGGUCUUGAUCCAUGCUGGUCGCAAACGCAUUAAGUUGGUUUUGUUAGACGCAGCUCAGUCAUAUUGUUUUACAUUUAGAAUUGAAACUAAGAAUAGUUGACAGAUUGUGUAUAUUUUAUGAGCUACCAAAGAAAUAUCUAAACAUUUGCCUCUUUAAGCCAUCAAAAAUGAACAGUAUGAACAGUAUUUUGUGUUCAGUUUUCAUCAUUUAUCAACUAUAAUACAUAAUUAACAUCUUAUAUGAUAGUAACAUGCAGUUACUUGCAUAAAUAAAGCAGAAAGGUUAAAGUCAUAGUGAAGAUUAUUUUCUUACAGUGUUGAAACUUUUUAUAGAUAAAUGGUUUCAAAUAUUUGAUGGUUACACUUCUUUUCAACACCUUAAUUGGGAGGGGUGACCUAGUGGUUAAGGUGUCUGCCUCUGAACCCAGGGAUCAUAGGUUUGCGCACUACUUGGGUUACGACCAUGUUUCCUCAUAUGACACCAGUACCGGUUGGUUCCAGGGAGCGGACUCGAAAAUGAUUAAUAUAAGUUUCAAGAACUUGUUUCCCAAUCGAGCAUAAAUAAAUAUGUUAAAAGUAAUACCUUAAUGAUUUGUGAAAAUCUGUCCGUCCAUAUCCUAUAACUGUCGAUAAGAAGUAAAACAUAUCAUUUAAGUCUCUCUUAUGAAGCAUGUUAUAUUUUAAGUGUAGUAUACAUGUAAAAAGUAUUUACGUUAAGCAAUGGGCAUUUUAUAUUUGUUUUUUUUAUUUUAAUUUUAUGUUUUAUGUAUAUAGAUACAAUUUAAUUAAAAAAACCCAAAAAAACAGUAGCUACAUGGCAGUUAUGUACAUGUAUAUGGUAUUUCAAAUUGGCCAUUAACAGGUUAGGUUGAUUUAUAUCAUUGGUAAAAUGAUGUCAUAUCAAAGUCUUAUUGGUUUAUCUGUAGGACCACUUGUUUAAAAAAAAAACAUAAAAAAAAAAUAAAUAAAAAAGAAGCAAUUUUAGCAUGUAAUCUAAAACUUAUUCUUUCAAUGUCAAUGAUUUAUUUUGAUAUUUCAGCCAACGGUAUUCAAAAUGUCAAUCUAAAUAAAUGAAUUGAAAGAUUUUUAUUAAACAUGUAUAUACAUGUACAUUCCCUAUGGAAUAUCAUAGAUGGUGAUAUUCUUAAGUUUGAAAAUAAUGGUUACAUAUCUAUGCAAUAAUAUGAUUUCUUCAACUUAGUGCAGUAACAGGUUAACUAUCAUUAAUUUAAAUAAGGAGUUAACCCGUUACUGCACUAAGAUGAUGAUUUAUGUUAUAUUCAGAAUAUUAUUUUACAUGACAAAUGUUGCUUAUUUAGAUGAUCAUAAGGUUACAAUGUGUUCACGGUAAUAAACUUGCACUUUUUGAUAUUGGUUCCUACAUAUCAACUUAUUAAUAAUAACAUUUUCUUCUGGACCAGGAAUACAUGUGAAUUGUUUUGUUAGUACAUUUGGCUGCAUUAAUAGCAGAAAUCAGUCUUUGCCUGUUGCCAUGAUUUUGAAAUGUAAUUAUUGUUGGAGAUUGUCUUCCAGUAUUAUCCACUCAAGUUUUCAUGUAAAUAAAGAAGAUAAACAUAGACACUGAAGGUUAAGACAUUGUAUAUGUAAAUGUGCUAUUUGUCAUAUACUAUGUAGAAAAGAAAAUGUAUGUGUAUAAAAUGUAUUUGUGAAGAACUGUUUGCCAAGUUUACUUAUGAUAUGAUAUUGUUUAAUAUUGUUAGGUUUGUUAAAUUACUUGCAUGCAUUGGUACAUGCUCAGUGUUACAUGUAUGUAGACCUACUUAAGAAAAUCUUCUUUUUUUCAAACCUAGGGGCCAAUAUUGUAGAAUAUUUUCUCUUGCGUAUUUUCAUACAAUUAUGUAAAUUCUUUUCAAGUUAUCUUGGUUCAGUGGCGUCAAUUUUCCUUAAGCACAUGUAGGCAGAAAUAAAAGUUUCAAAAUUUACCUUACAAGUCAUGGUGAUUUGAGUAAUUUUAAAUUUGUGUUUGGAAAUAAAUACUAACAAGAAGGGGCAUUUUCCUAGUAAACUUUUAAAGCAUUUAUGUUUAUCAACCUAGAGAAAGGACUGCUAUGUGUGAAUAUUUCUUGAAAAACAAUUUUUUGCUGCUGACCCUACAUUGUUCAGUUAAUUAAGGUUUGUCACAAAGAAUUUUAAGUAAAGUCAUUUUGGAAUACUCUUGCUUUAAAAUCGGAUGUACAAUAAUAUUUUACAUUUCGACAUGAAGUUGUGUUUACUGUAAACUUUACAUUCCCUAUGUGUUCAACAAAAUUUUUACAUAAGUUACAUUUUUUUGUUGUUACUGGUAUUCCAAGGUUUACAUUUAUGUAUAACCCCAAAGAGGUAAAAGCCAUUAUAUUGUGCUACUUAAAAUGAUUUUAAAAUAAUAUGGGGCAGGGAUAUACAAUGUAGAAAAAAGCUCAUUUAGAUCUUUUUUUGGAAACAAGUUUUGAUUACAAGGAAAUUAGAGUAACCAAAGUACUUGCUAAAUGAUAGCCAUUCAAUUAGUUGGCAGCAGUUUUUUGCCAGUUGUUUAUGGUUCAGUAGUUUUACAUGUUAAAAUAAUGUGACAUAAUGACUGAACUCUUGAUUAAUUGACUUUACUACGCUAAAUCUGGACAAAAACCAUUAGUCAUAUGUCAAAAAUAUUUAUUGACUUAUAAGUGAACAGUGCAGACCAUGAGCAGAGGGCAAGUUGAUCUUUAUCUGCAAUAGUUUAGAACCAGUCGCUGUUUGGACUGAGAAUGAAGACAGCUAGCACUCUCUGCAGAAUGUAGGUCAAAGUACGCAAGUUUCCUGUAAAUAAGGUGUUCAUUAUUUUAAUUCACUAUAAGCAUGUAUCUGUUUCAUUUCAAAUGGCAAGCAUGGUGUUUAUUGAAUAUAUUCUUUCCAGUUGUCAACAUUUCUCUAUAUUUGAUGGAUUGCAAAAAAAGUAAAUUUCCUUAUAUUGAUACAUUUUGUUUUGAUAGGCAAUCACAGUGGACAUAAAUUUUUCUCUUUUUUUCCUGCUUGUAGACACGUAUUAUUUGUAUUUAGAUUGUUAAAAAAAGUACUGCUGAAAACUGUUAUAUCCAUGAACUUUUAAAAAUAAUUUGUUUUACAGCCAUUCCAAAUCCAAGUGUUGAUAUUUUUGUUUGAACUUCCUAUCUCUCUUUAAUAAGGCAAUAUAAACUGUAAUCUAGUCAUAUACCUAGGCAAUAUUCAUAUAAGUAUGGUUAUUUUUCGGAAUUGUUUAGGGAAAAGUUAAAUAAAAUUACAAACUACA